UGUGGUUCUGCACAAAACAUAACAACUGGUAAACGCAGUUCAAUUUGUCCAUUUGUGUCUGAAGAGAGGCAGCAGAGCUGAGCAUCAACAAAGAUAGAAAAUGGACUCAGCCAGUAGUUUCCUGUCUGAAGAUCAGUUCCUGUGCUCCGUCUGCCUAGAUGUUUUCAUCGAGCCUGUUUCUAUUCCAUGUGGACACAACUUCUGCAAGACAUGUAUCACCAAACACUGGGAAGGCAAAAACCAGUGUCACUGUCCACUGUGCAACAAGAAGUUCAACAAAGGGCUCAAACUUUGUGUCAACACCGGAUUCAGGGAGGUUGUGCAGAAUUUCAAGAAGCAUUGUGUCAUAUCUACAAAUAAUGUCCCUGUUAAACCAGGGGAGGUGCCAUGUGACUUCUGCCUUGGCAUCAAGUUCAAAGCCUACAAAACAUGUUUGGUUUGUUUGGCCUCUUAUUGUGAAACACACCUGGAGCCUCAUCAGAGAGUUGCUGCCUUAAAUAGACACAAACUGACUGAUCCUGUGCAGAACCUGGAGAACAAGAUUUGCAAGAAACAUAAUUGGAUUUUAGAGCUCUUCUGCAGGAAUGACCUGACUCGGGUUUGUGUCCUGUGUACAGAACAUAGCACUCAUGAUACAGUCCCAUUAAAGGAGGAGUAUGAAAAGAAGAAGGCACAGCUAGAGCAGAAAAAGGUGGAAGUACAGGUGAUGAUACAAGAGCGACAAAAGAAGGUUCAGGAGAUAAAAGAAGUAGUGGACACCAAGAGGAAUGACAAAGAUGAAGCCCUAGCAAAUACUGUUCAGGUCUUCAGUACUUUGGUAGCCUCGGUUCAAAGCAGCAUGACUGGGCUGAUGAGUGUGAUUGAAGAGAAACAGAAAGCAGCAGAAAGACAGGCUGAGGUGCUGGUCAAAGAGCUGGAGAGGGAAAUCAAUGAGCUCCAGGGGAGCAGCACUAAACUGGAGCAGAUCUCACGCACUGAAGACCACCUUCAGUUCAUCAAGAGCUUCCUGUCCUCCUCCUCCUCCUUUCCACACACCAAGAACUGGUCUGACAUCGGUAUCAGUGGUCAGCACUGUGUGGAGGACCUGAAGAGAGCUAUGGUGAAGCUGGAUGUGACGCUCACCAAAGAGACGGAGCGAGCUACUCAAGAAUUCAGGGCGUGCUGUGGUAAAAUCCUUGCUGAAGAAACUGACACAGUGAAGAAAGCUGCACUAACAGUCACAGAUCUAGAGACUCUACCUAAAGGUGUCAAGUUGGACGCAAUCCGGCAGCAGUAUGCAGUGGACAUGACCUUUGACCCAUGCACUGCGAACGAUCUGCUCCUGUUUUCAGAGGAUUUAAAACAAGUGCGAACUUCUCACCUUUGGUGGUUUGCAGAUGAAGUCCCACACAAAUUUAACAGAUAUGCCUACGUCCUGGGAAAAAAGGGCUUUUCUGAAGGGAGAUUCUACUUUGAGGUUGAGGCCACAAGGAAGACUGGCUGGGAUUUAGGAGUAGUCAGAGAGUCAACGCGUGGAAAGAAGGCACCCACACCAAACCCCAGGAAUGGAGUCUGGAUCAUUAGAUUGAGGAACAACACCAAAUGCACGGCUUUAAAUAACACCACUGUCAACCUCUCCUUGAGAAAGAAACCUGAGAGGGUCGGGGUGUUUGUAGAUUAUGAGAAGAAGCUGGUCUCCUUCUAUGACGUGAAUACUGCAUCUGUGAUCUACUCUUUCACUGGCUGCAUAUUCAAUGAGAAAAUCUUCCCAUUCUUUAGCCCCGGCCCCCCUGAGGAUGGUAUAAACUGUGCCCCCCUGGUCCUCUCACCUGCCAAAGACUCAACCACGUGGGAAAAGUUUUCAGAGUCUGUAGGCCUGAUUAUUACUCUCAUUGCUCUGGUUUUGAUGUGGAUGUAAAAAAUAUAUCUUCUUUUUUUUUUUUUUACAAGGUCUAGAGUUGAAACAGAUUCUGAUGAAAUCUAAAUCCAAUGAAAUCUGAUUAUGAUUGAGGUCAGUUCUUGGAUAUUUUAGAAA